AGUCCAAAGGUUCUCUACUAUGGUUGCCAGCCACAACAAACCGCGGUUGGAAAGUUGGAUUCAGCCGCACAGACGGACGUGCUUUUCUGCGGGUAAGAGAGACCGGUCGAGCUUUUUUCACGCGUCGUAGACGUAGAAAAUAGAACUCUGUUUCAUAUGAAGUCAUUACAUGAAGUUGACGGUUGCUUUUUAAUGACGUUUGCCCUCGUGCCAGCAGAGUAACGGUCGGAUGACUGCCAACUGUCACGACAGGGCGAAUGACGUCACGAUUAACAGUUUAAAUGUAUCUUUUAGCGUCGCCAACGGCCGUUUCUGAGUAUUUUACCGCUUUUUCUCCCGUAUUUUACGUCUAUUUUCGUUUCCAGUGAUACACAGCUACGUUAUUUGCCAACUGUCAAACUUUAUUAGAGCUUUACAACCUUAACUCCGAGAGAGGACGUUUUUUUAAAGCGCUCGUAAUAUGACGUGGAUUUGUGAAUCGUUUAACGUCUUUGUUGAACUGAAAAUAGAGCAAAGACAACAUCAGAUGUUGAAAAUGAAAGAAAAAGCCAAAUGAAUAAUGUACUCUCAGUUAAAACUUAAUGCUUACAACUUCCAAACAGUUGUGACAGGUGCGUGUUUCCCAUUCUGUUGCACCACCCCCUCAUUUAACAGCACUGUAACAAAGACCUCACAGAUGCAGUAGAUUAUUGUAUUGGAAGAGACAUGAGACCAAUAAACGCUGUUAAAUUUCAUUUUUUAUAUCGUGAUAUAUAUGGAGAUCGACUGAUUACAUACAAUACAUAUUGUAUCGCAGAAUUGAGGUUGUAAAAGUAAUAAGACGUUGUUCUGAUUUAACAAUGUUGAAAUCUCAUCUGGUCCGUGAUUACUUAGGCAGCAGUGAAGGCCAGACCCUGACAGCGAUGAUGAUGAUGAUAGAAGGUAGUUGAUGCGGUCUGAGGAAGAGGAUGAACAUGAGGAGGAUGAAGCUGAGGGUGAACCACAAACAGCUGCACUUUCUGUCCAAAGACGAAUCAUCUGGAAACUUCCAGAGAGAGGGAACGCUCAGAGUCGGGCGUCAGGUCAAAGGUUCGGCAGGUCUGUCCGUCUCUGUCUCUGAUUUCGUAUCUACUGCUGUCCUCGUUUGCUCUGAUUUGCUCUUUCUUCUUGUCUUUUAAGUUUCUUCGUCCGUUUCUCGUACCUUUUCCAUGAUUCCUCUGUUCACGCUCUCUUUGAAUCACGUCUCCACCGUAAACCAGCAUCUAUUUUGACACCCUGACUCACUCUGAGUUGACUUCCUGGAACAUUUCAGAGAGCCACGAUCUGAGCUCUGAUAAAUAUGGAGUAUGAACUCUCGUUUCAGAUCUUAAUGAGCGGUUCUGUCGGCUCAGAGGGAACAUGCUCUUCAUCCUCAAGGAAAAGGUGAGAAAUCAGGGACAGGCAUCCCUCUUUUUUGGCGUUUAAUCGAAAUAUAAUUCUAGUUUUUGUGUGUGUGCAGCGCGGCAAACCAGAGGAGGUGUUGCUGCUUGAGAGGUGUGCGGUAAUGAAACUUCCAGGGGAUGAUACACAGCUGGCUGUCAGUAAGUAAACACACAUCCACACACACUUGUUGUGGUCUUUAGUUCAUUAUGUCACUUUAUUUAUUAAAUGUGUUUGUUGGUAUUCAGCCUUUGAAAGCGGGGACCCUCCUGUCUUCCUCCAGUGCAGCAGUCCUCCAGAUUGUGAUUCCUGGCUUGUCGUCCUGAAAAACGCAAACACAGACUCGCUGAAAAGACGCAUCACACACCUGCAGACACUUCUUAAUGCACACACACAACAACGCACACACAAGACUUCGCAGGACAGUGGAGACUCCGGAACAGCAGGUGAGAUAGUGCAUUAAUGCUUCUACAUAUGAAAAAACAUCUCAGGUAUUUUUCUCCUUGAGGAUGGACCUGAUAAAACUUGAAUUACUGCUUUUUACAAAUCUGCAUCAUCAUGUCUCUAAUUCAAGAAAUUAGGAAGACAUGAAUAAGUAAACGGCAAGAAAACUAGUUAGAGGUAAAAAGGUAGAUUACCUUCUCCAGGUUGGAGGGGAGGUCCUGCCUCAAGUGGAGGAGUUCAAGUAUCUUGGAAUCUUGUUCACGAGUGAGGGUAGGAUGGAACGGGAGAUCGACAGGCGGAUCGGAGCGGCAUCAGCAGUGAUGCGGACGCUUAACCGAUCAGUGGUGGUGAAGAAAGAGCUGAGCUGUAAGGCGAAGCUCUGGAUUUACCGGUCGAUCUACGUGCCGAUCCUCACCUAUGGUCAUGAACUUUGGGUAAAGACCAAAAGAACGAGAUCGCAGAUACAAGCGGCUGAAAUGGGUUCCCUCCUCAGGGUGUCCGGGCUCAGCCUUAGAGAUAGGGUAAGGAGCUCGGACACUCGGGAGGCGCUCAGAGUAGAACCGCUGCUCCUCCACGUCCAGAGGAGUCAGCUGAGGUGGCUCGGGCAUCUGGUUAGGACACCUUCUGGACGCCUCCCAUUAGAGGUGUUCCAGACAUGUCCCACCAGGAGGAGACCUCGUGGCCGGCCCAGGACCAGGUGGAGGGAUUAUAUCUCUCUCCUGGACUGGAACCGCCUGGGAAUCCCCCCGGAUGAGCUGGUGGAAGCGGCCGGGGUGAGGGCCGUCUGGACUUCCCUCCUGAAGCUGCUGCCCCACGACCCGGACCAGGAUGAAGCAGAAGAAGACAACGACAAAUUUCUUUAGCAAAGAGACUAAACACAACUCACCUACUCUCUUCCAGCAGCCGCUUGUUUGUAGUGAGACCUCAGGCCAGUCCAUUACGGACUACAGCGGGGUGCUGCAGCUCAAGGAAGAACAUUUAUGAUCAUUUCUUCAUCAUUUCCUUGAAGUAAUAAUCACCAUAUUAAUCAUUUUACAGACGCGGUAGUUCUUCUGCCUUAGCAUCUCGGUCUGAUUGUAUUUCCAUGAAGAAAUGAUCAUAAAUGUUCUUCCUUGAGCUGCGGCACCCGCGACGGCCAAACACAUGAAUGAAAAUAUCUCAGAUCUGAAACUGUGUGUUGAUAUGAUGUCGUUUCUGACCACAAGGGGGAGCCACACUCACUGCUCCAGUGUCCCCGCUGCACCUGACACUCUGUGAGUCAAACACACACUCACACACACUCUCAAGAUACUGCAGCGUACUGUGUUUCUCCAUCAGAGUUUCAAACACACUCUCCUCUUAAUGCCGCCUCGCUUUCUCCGCAGGUGUGGUCGCCGUGGCGUCCAGAGUCCAGGUUCAAGUAUGUGUGGUUGACACACACACGCACACUGUCAGGAGGCACUGCUGCUGCAGGAUGGAGGUACACACACACACACACACACACACACACACACACACUUUGUGACUGAACUGACAGUGUGUGCGCAUUUUUACGAGUGUGUGUGUGUGUGUGUGUGUGUGUGUGUGUUCCAGGAGACGGAUGACGGUGUGUUUCUGACCUCAGUGUGUUUCCGUGGCGACUAUCCUCUCUACCGUCACAGCCGGAUCAAAGUCAGCGUGUACCAGGGGGAGGAGCCACUGACACACACUGCAGUGAGUGUGUGUUUGUGUGUGUGUGUCUAUGUGUGUGUGUGUGUGCGUCCCUGAAAAAGUGAAUUUAAGAGGAUUAGAGCAAAGGAUGUGUACAUGUGUAAUACGUGUAACACUCACACACGUACACUAAAGUUAAUCUACACACACACACACACACACACAUGAAAAGAGAGAGAGAGAGAGAGAGUUAAACGAGCCAAAGUGAGAUAUUUUUAAUAAAAAGAUAUUCUGGAUUUUUUUCUCCCCUCCUUUCCAAACUCAACCCGACCGACCGCUUCGCUAAUCUGCAUAUUUCCCAUGAUGCCGGUGGAUGUUUAAUCCUGCCGGACAUGAUGAAAGAGGAGGAGGAGGAGGAGGAGGAGGAGGAAGGUGAUGGAGGGAGCAGAGAGACACUCGUUCGGUGUGUUUGAGUGAUUCUCAGCUGCAGACGAGCGGAGACGAGGCAGCCAAAGAUGUCGGAUUUAGCAGCGAUUCUUGAAUGAUUUACGGAUUACCUCGUCGUUUUUCUUCUUUUAGGUUUCUCGUUUUUUGUCGUUUCGUUAAAAACCGUCCCGUAGAAAGAGAGGAAGAGGAGCGGUGUUGGACAGAGGGACAGGUUUCUCACAGUCAUCGCUUACGUUCGUGCAGCACAGUCAGCUUCAGCGGUGAUGGUGCGUUCAGGUGCAGCUGGAAACUUCAGACGUUCGAUUUUUCACUUUAUUUUUGAGGAUUUUAUUCAAACUAAAUGUCUUUUAAACGGCUUUUAAAUCAUCAGUUCGGAUGUCAGGACAGAAACUGAAAUGGUCCAGAAGUUUCUGAGAAACUGUUGAUGAUGAAAAAGUUCAUCUUCAAAGUCGUGUUGAAAAAAAUCAACUUUUAGGAGGAUUUUUACUGAAACUGAAGUAAAUCCCCUUAAAACGAACUUAAACCUGGAAUUUUAGAGAAUUUUGUCACAUGUUCAAAGUCCGCUCAUACUUUUUAACAUUUAUUGAAGUUUGAUUCAAAAAAAGUUCAAGAUUUAAAGAAAAAGUGAAAGUUUUUGGCUUUUUUUAAAAGUCAAAGUUUAUUGAUUUUAAAAGCUGAGUUGUAUAUUUUAAAAAAAAAAUAGUUUAAAAGUUGUUUUGCAGUUCUGAUCUGCUUCAAAGUACUUUACCUCAAAUACUUUUAAACCACUUUAAAAAUCACAGUCGAGAUCGUCGGUGCGUCCAAAGUUUGACAUUUUAAGUCUUUUUAACCAAAGACUGAAAUUUAAAUCAAACCUUUUCCUUAUUUUUGCCGCUUUUAAGUUAGAAACUCUCGAUCGGUUGCUUCUGUUUGGAUUUGAGAACUUUUGACUCCCGUAUAAAUAUUUAAAAUAUGAAAUAUAGCUGAAGUUAAACUGGAUAUCUGGAGGUGUUUUGUAACUUUUUAAAAACCUUAAAAGCAUCAGAAUGUUUUCAAAACCUGUCCGCUCAUAUUACAGCAUUUUUUAAAAUCAUUUUUAACUCGAUUUUCAGCCUGUUCCGAUUUGGGACAUUCAUCUGUUUUAUUUAACAGAGAGUAUUAAAUGUAGUUUAUCGAUUAAAAUCAUUUAAAAUUAGAUCAGCGGUGAAAUUUCUCCAACGACACUGAGUCAUUAUCGGGCUUUCAGGAAAUUUAAAGCGGCAUUUCCCGCGGCGCCUGACCUAUUUGUGUCUGACAGUGAAAUAAACAUGAAAAGCAACAAGGAGUAAGAGUCAAAGGUCGGAGGGCAGAGAGAUUAAAAAGAGCGGGUAAGAGAAUAAAUAAGAUCGAGGGAUUUAAGAGAAAAACAGUUUCCUCUUGGGUGAUGGUUUCAUGUUUCUGCUGCUGUUCCAAUCACCUCACAAGCUCCCUCUUUUUUCUUUUAGCUUUUAUUUCGUCGGGUAGUUUCAUUUUUCCCUGGAGGCAUUUCUUUAUUUUAACAAAUACAUUUUUAGAAUCUAAAAGACGGAAUCGUGUCGCAUUCUUGAGUGAACUUCUAUUUUAACUUCAGUUGUAGACCUCAGGAGUUCGUCGGAGUCGAACGCUGAUGUAGAAAAACCGAAAAAAGACUCUUUUUUUUGUUUUAAUCUGUUAUCGUUUAUUGCGGAAAUGGCGGGGAUGCAGAGAGCGAUGGUGGCAUGCACUAAGUUUUUCUGUCCGCCGGCAGAAGGCAGCUCCCCUGCUGGACAGGUAGAGUACUGCACAUGUUCACACACGCACUCUUACAAACAGGCAAAACCCUCUGAUCUACCUGCUGGUCCGGAGCAAAGCCGAGCCGUUCUGGAUCCUGUGGGUUUAGCCAGAAAGACUCACACACAUAGGCUACGUUCACACUGCAGGUCAAUUCCGAUUUUUAACCGUAUGUGACACAAAUCCGAUUUUUUCAUUUAAGUGUGAACGGUGCAAUUCCGAUUUUUUGUAAUCCGACCCAGGCCUCUUUUCCUUCCGAUGUGACUGCAGUGUGGACGCUUAGGUCGCGUUCGUCCGACCUAUACGUCGUUAAUAUCCGACAAACGUCACCAUUUAACAAAAAAUCCGAAUUGUGCAGUGUGAACGUAGAUCCUCAGUAAAUACUGUUCAGUCUGAUCUGAUCGUCUGUGUUUAGAUGUAUGUGUGUGUAGGUUUGAUGGGGAUUAAUCUGUAAUCUGAAAAGCUGCUUGUUUUGCUCAAGAACUCGAUAAAACAGAUUAGCUGUGUGUGUCAGUGUGUGUGUGUGUCAGUGGGUGUGUGUGUCAGUGUGUGUGUGUGUUUCUUAAAAGGAAACGAGGAAAUGUGGCAACAGCCAGAGUGUGUUAGCGUGUCUGUUUCAAUAUCCUGUUUGUUUAUUUCCUGAAGCGUUGUUCUUGUUGUUGCUGAUUCCAUUGAAACUGACCUGAAGUGCUAAAAACUGCAGUUCUUUGAGUGUCCACCGGAGGCCACAUACACACCAAUACAGUCAAUAGUUAUUAGUUAUUGAUGACAUUUGGUAAUAUAUCGAUAUCUCUGUGUUCUCUUAUGUCUGUGUCGUCAACAUUUGAACAUUUUUUCUGACUGUAAACAAAGACGUUCUCCACCUCCUCUAACCUGAUUGGUUGACUUAAACAGUCAACAAGAAAACAGUCAACAAGAAAACAGUCAACAAGAAAACAGUCAACAAGAAAACAGUCAACCAUAAACAGUCAACACCAAAACGGUCAACCAUAAACAGUCAACAAGAAAACAGUCAACACCAAAACGGUCAACCAUAAACAGGCAACAAGAAAACAGUCAACCAUAAACAGUCAACAAGAAAACAGUCAACAAGAAAACAGUCAACACCAAAACAGUCAAACAUAAACAGUCAACAAGAAAACAGUCAACCAUAAACAGUCAACAAGAAAACAGUCAAACAUAAACAGUCAACAAGAAAACAGUCAACCAUAAACAGUCAACAAGAAAACAGUCAACACUAAAACAGUCAACAAGAAAACAGUCAACAAGAAAACAGUCAACACUAAAACAGUCAACAAGAAAACAGUCAACAAGAAAACAGUCAACACUAAAACAGUCAACAAGAAAACGGCAAGAAAACAGUCAACAAGAAAACAGUCAACAAGAAAACAGCAAGAAAACAGUCAACAAGAAAACAGUCAACAAGAACACAGUCAACACCAAAACAGUCAACAAGAAAACAGUCAACACCAAAACAGUCAAACAUAAACAGUCAACAAGAAAACAGUCAACCAUAAACAGUCAACAAGAAAACAGUCAAACAUAAACAGUCAACAAGAAAACAGUCAACCAUAAACAGUCAACAAGAAAACAGUCAACACUAAAACAGUCAACAAGAAAACAGUCAACAAGAAAACAGUCAACACUAAAACAGUCAACAAGAAAACAGUCAACAAGAAAACAGUCAACACUAAAACAGUCAACAAGAAAACGGCAAGAAAACAGUCAACAAGAAAACAGUCAACAAGAAAACAGCAAGAAAACAGUCAACAAGAAAACAGUCAACAAGAACACAGUCAACACCAAAACAGUCAACAAGAAAACAGUCAACAAGAAAACAGUCAACACCAAAACAGUCAACAAGAAAACAGUCAACAAGAAAACGGCAAGAAAACAGUCAACAAGGAAACAGCAAGAAAACAGUCAACAAGAAAACAGUCAACAAGAACACAGUCAACACCAAAACAGUCAACAAGAAAACAGUCAACAAGAAAACAGUCAACACCAAAACAGUCAACAAGAACACAGUCAACACCAAAACAGUCAACAAGAACACAGUCAACACCAAAACAGUCAACACCACAACAGGCAACAAGAAAACAAGAAAAUGCUGCUCCCCCGUGUCGUUUAUAAGCCCAAACAAAGUUAGCGUGCUACAAUAUCGGACAGUAGAAACCAACCAGAAAGUUCGGAAAAUUGUCUGAAUCCUCCUUUGGCCACGACUGCCGACACAAGCAAGAAAACAAAGUAAAUACCGGAGACUCUGGAGGAAUAACGGGCGCUUAAAACGGAGGUAGACCGAACAAGAGCUAAAAAGCCGGGUCAACAUAAACGACAUAAAAUACGAAGGGUUUUUGAAACUUUCAAGUAUUAUUCGUCAGUUUGAUAGUUUUAUUUAUUCAUCCUUUGGUCCAAAAGAUGUCAGAAAUACAGAAUAUUGUUCAGCAAACUUUCCCAAAGCCUUCGCAGACUUCUUUAAAUGACUGAAUUAGUUUAGCUGUCAGUCCCAAACCAAAGAGAUUCAGCCGUGUUUGGAAAUAUACUUUGAACGACUUCUUUGGUCUGUAUUUUCAAUCAAAUGAAGACUUCUUGAAGAGUCGUAAACCCUUCAUGAACGUCAUUAGACAGAAAUGAACGUGUAAAUAAAGCUCUAGAUAGAAUAAAUAAGUUCUGUGUCAUUUUCCCUGAGUUUGUUUCUGGUAUCUAGAGCUGGUGAAUCUGUGAUUUGAGUGCUUUUCACUCGUCAAGGUAAUCCUCUGAGCUUCUGAUUAUCGUCUCAGCAGUGGACUGAUUUUAAUGCCGAUGCUGCCGUGGGGGGGGGAGGCGACUUUGGCUGACCCAACCGUGAUGAGUUUUAGCCAACGGGAGCGGUUUAUUAAUUAAUAUUUCAGGACAUCGGCGAGAUUAAGAUUAAAAGUGUUUGGGAGCUCUUUAUGUAACGUGGAGUCGGAUAAUUCUGGCAUAUGAUGUCGGGCUGUUAGGGGACAUUUUGGGGGAUUUAUGGGAGUGUUUGGUUAAAGGUGUUGAGGGAAAAAAAGGAAAAACGAAGCUUCUCUUAGUACCUGCUGCCUCAUGAACUAUUAAUGCAGGGCUAAAGGAUCAUUCUAUGUGAUUCAGGGAUCUGUCAAACUGACGCCUUCGGAAACAUCAGCUGUUUUAAGACGCGCCACACAACCAUCACGUGACUCUCUGAGGAAGACUGCUGCCAGCACGUCGAAACAUGUCAGCAAGGUAAUUAAGAAACCCGUGUCUGUAAAUAAGAACGUCUGAUCAUAACUUGGCGGUUUACCUGUCCAGCAGAAAGGUUACAGGGUCACCAAGAUCCCCAAGCGUCCCCCAUGGUUUAUGUUGACCCGUCUUUUUAGCUCUUGUCCGGUCUACCUCCGUUUUAAGCGCCCGUUAUUCCUCCAGAGUCUCCGGUAUUUACUUUGUUUUCUUGCUUGUGUCGGCAGUCGUGGCCAAAGGAGGAUUCAGACAAUUUUCCGAACUUUCUGGUUGGUUUCUACUGUCCGAUAUUGUAGCACGCUAACUUUGUUUGGGCUCCUGAACGUAAUUUAAGGACAUGGAGUGUGCCUCACAACACACAACCAAUCAGCACUAAGGAGCAGCAUCCUAGUCAGUUACAUCUGAAUAUGACUGGGACGCAUUACGCUGGAUAGCGUACAUCCUGCUGGAGAAGAAGAAGAAAAGGAAGACAAAUCGGCGAACGGCAAUUUUCAAACGAUGCCAGGUACAUCAAUCCAGGAGAAGAAACAGCGAUAUUGUGAUAUUCCCAAAUGUCAUCAAUACAGGGCUUGAAGACCUCCGGCACAGUGCCGGAAAUCCUGCUCGGGAAUUUUUUCUUUUUUUCUAAAUCAUGUCAAAAAAGAACGGCGAAUUUCAAACGAUGGAUGUCAGGUACAUCAAUCCAGGAGAAGAAACGGCGAUAUUGGAAGCCGGGCUUGGGCGGAAGAGGCUGGAAAAGACGGAAAGCCUCACGGUAGUUGGUGCCGGAAACUGACAGAGCCGGGUGCUUAUUUUUGUGUGUCGUGUGCCGGAAAGCUUAUAAAUGGCAGCAGUGGGAUAAAGUUCGGUAAAGUUGGAAAGAUAUUCAGCCAAAUAAGCCGUUCUUCGAGCUGGAUAAAUAGUACCGAUCUCUACGCACAGCCGGUAGCCGGGCGAGUGCACAGGGACCGUCUGCAAAUUACGGUACAACAAAAAUCCGAACACACCAAGGGACUCUUCAUACGACAACAGCUGUUUUAGGAAAAUGUGCCUUUUUAUAAUUAUGGUGAAUUUUUAUUGUUACGAAUCAUUAAUAUCUCGACUCGUAGACUUUAUGACGGGUUUUUCUGUCUUUUCUAGAGGAGCUUUCUGGGUUUCACCUCCUUUUCUAUCAGAGAUCUGCUCAAAUCCAAGGAGCCCCACAUCUCCCUCAGCCUCAGGUAAACUCUUCUCUUCAUUCAUGAACCUUUUUUAACUUUAUACAGAUUUUACUGACACUUUUUACCACCUUUAAAACAACUUAAAAUGAGCCUCAAAGACGUCCUCUCGCUCAGUACCUCUGCUGUCUUUAAAGGGAUAUGAAUGAAACACAGAUUUCACAUUGAUGCACUGAUCAGGCCUCACCUGAUUGGCUGUUGCUUGGAUACUCUGUGAGGCCAGAUGAGGAAGUGAGAGGCGGAGGUGUGGCCCCGCCUCCUGUAAGAGAAGAAAGAGUGUCUCUCUUCCUGUUUUGAUAUCACUGAUCCUUAAAGAGACAGAGGCGACGGCAGCGCGGCCUCACGAAGGAGUCAGAUAGAGAGACGGAGAGUUCAGAGAUGGAGGGCGAGAAGUAGAAGAAGAAUAGAGAGAGAGAGAGUAAAAGAGGAGGAGGAGGAGAAGAAGAGCCCCAGGUGUAGCUGUCAACAGCAGGAGUAUCUGUGCCGGCAUGCUGCGUCCAGGUGUGUCACAUGACUCAUACAUACCUGAAACAGGCAGCAGGAGUUACAGCGCGUCAGGACGGGACUUCUUGUUUUCACAGUCAGAGGAGAAAGUUCACUUUGAUUCUGCUAAAUGACGCAACGGUCAUCAGAUAUCCGCUUAGUUUAGCAAGAUUCACAAGAUUUUUCUCUGCAUGUUUUGGUGAGGAGAUCUUUUUUCAUGUAAUUUUGUCUUGGUUAGUCAUCUUGUUAAUCUUGUUUGUCUUUUUUUAAUGUUUUUUGUGUUUAUUUCAAGCUCAAGUAUCUUGUCCACGGCUAGUUCUGUCUUGCUGUUAAUGUUCUUUUUAGCCAGUCUGUCUUUCAAGGUAUCUUGUUUGAAGGUAGCUUUAUCUUGUGAGACAGUUGUUUUAUGUUGCCAGGGAUCUUGUUUAUAGUCUGUUCUUGCUGGUUUUUUUUAUUUUUUAUUUUGAGCUCAGGUAUCUUGUUCACAGGUAGCGUUUUUGGGCUAGUUAUCUUGUUUACGGGGAGGUGUAUCUAACAAGUAAUCACUUUGUCUUGCUGUUAAUAUUCUUCUUAGCCAGUCUGUCUUGCUUUGUAUCUUGUUUGAAGUUAGCUUUGAUUCAGCUACAUGACCCAACGAUCAUCAGAUAUCUGCUUAGUUUAGCAAGAUUCACAAGAUUUUUCUCUGCAUGUUUUGGUGAGGAGUUUUUAGAGAUCCGGUUUGUUUUCAUUUUGUCAUGAUUAGUCAUCUUGUUAAUCUUGUUUAUAGUCUGUUUUUGAUGUUUGUUUUGUUUAUAGCAGGCUCAAGUAUCUUGUUCGUGGGUAGCAUUGUUAGCUUGUUUCCAGUUAGCUUUAUUGCGAAGUAUCUUGUUUUGGUUAUCCUUAUCACGAUAUUUAUCUUGUUUCUACUAAGUUUAAUGUUUUUUUUAAGUAAUCUUUUCAUUUUUGUCCUUAUCUUGCUGGUUAUCUUGUUACCAGUGAGCCACAUCUUGCAAAGUAUUUUGUAUUUGGUUCUUCUUAUCAUAAUAUUUAUCUUGUUUCUACGAAGUUUAAUGUUUUAUUUUCAAGUGAGCUCUUGUCUUGUUUCCCGUUUUUUCCCCCAUUAACAUUUUGUUCACACAAACCUUAAUCUUGCUAGUUAUCUUGUUUUGGCUUAUCCCUAUCAUGAUAUUUAUCUUGUUUCGACUAAGUUUUAUGUUUUUUUCCUUUUUGUACCUAUCUUGUUUCCUGUUAUUUUCGCUCUCCUCAUCAUCUCGUUCACACUUCUCUAUAUCUUGCUGGUUAUCUUGUUUCCAGUUAGCCUUAUCUUAUGAAGUAUCUUGAUUGUGGUUAUCCUUAGUAUGAUUUUUAUCUUGUUUUUACGAAGUUUAAUGUAAUUUUUUCAUUUUUGUACUUGUCUUGUUUCCUGUUAUUCUCACACUUGUCUUUAUCUUGUCGGUUAUCUUGUUUAUCUUGCGAAGUAUCUUGUACUUAAAAACCAUUUUUGGGUCUUUUUUAACUGGAGUGUUUCUCUCUUCUGUUCAGGACGAUGGACCGAGUGAACGAGGUGGGGGAGGUGAAGGUGUCGUGUCUGCAGAUGGAGGGAGAGAGCGGCGACCGAACUCCGCCUGAACACAAGGUCGAGAAAAGAAAAGGAAAAUUCCGCCUUUUUUUUUAGCCUCUCACCUUUUUUUUCCUGAUAGUGAAACAGAUAAAGAAUUCACACAUUUCAACACCUCCUCUGCGGUUUCUGUUCAGUCGGUUUCAGGUUGAGUUGAUUCGAUGAUGAUGAUGAUGAUGAUGAUGAUGAGUCGUUAGGGUUCUUGUAAAUUUAUCGCUGUUUUACCGUUUUUUUCCUUUGCAGUGUUCGGAGUUGUGCGACAGCCUCCACAGCUCCGUCCACGAGAGAGAAAACAGUCCGACCAUGAGAGCGGGUAAACCUCCAACAGUGUUUCCAUGACGGAGUUUCAUUUGAAAGUGUUUUUAAAACUUUUUAACCCUUACCUGUGUGUGUGUUUAGUUCUGUGUGCUCAGGUGUGUAAGGUCUACAGGUUUCAGACGGAGGAUCAAAGAUGGCUGCUGGUCCGAGAACAGAUGUCCGAGACCCCGCUCUCUUUCUCUUUACCCAAACAGCUACUGAGCGCGCUCAUACGCGAGCACACGGACAGGUCUUUCUCUGUUUUUCUUUUACUUUUUAAAAUCCUCCAAAAUAGUUUUUUCUUUUUAUAAUUUUUUCGAUCUCGCCCUUCAGGGUCCGAGAAGUGAAGGAGCUCGGUGACCUUUCACCCCACUGGGACGGGCUCCGCCAUGAUGUCAUCAACCACUGUAAUCACCUGGUUUGCGGUUAUCAGGAAACUCUUAGUGAGCUCGACAAACUCUCAGGUACGAAGUUUGUGAUAUUAAAGGACGUAACAGGAUACAGUUGUAUGUAAAGAAAUGGGAAACAACGGGGAUACAUGACAUUACGGUACAAAGGAUUAUCGAAUAUUACAGUAUGAGGUAAUACGAUACAUGAGAAGACAAUAGUUUGUAACGGUAUAUGAGGCAAUAUGAUCUGCAAGUGUGAGAAACUCAAACAGUAGCUCCAUUUUCAUCAGACAUCUAUGAUGAACAUCUAUCUGAAGUCAUUUUAGUCAAGUCAGAGUCCUCUGCGCAGACAGAGUCCGUGGGCUCUAUUUUCGUGCCCGCCAGCGGCACGGUGGAGGGUGGCGGACCCAGCGCAGUGGUUUUUAGACGUCAUUUCACCCCGAUGACACCAUGGAUGAGGAGAUGCUGAUUCUAGAAGUCUAGAAGUAGAUUUCCUCCUCUGGAAGGACACAAUCUACUGCUUAUAUGUCUAUGUGUCUGUCUUUAUAGAGACGACUCGGUAUCGUGCGAUUGAACAUGAAUCCGCGGGUUCUUGUGAGUUCUCGCAAUUACUGGUGCCCAUUAUCCACCACGAAAUUCGCCUCACAAACAUGUCCGGCAAGAAUUGGCAGACAGCAAAAAUUUACCGCCAUUCUAUUUUAUUUUUGUAGGCUGGUAGGGGAAGGUCCCGCCCUCCUUCGCCUCUGAUUGGCUAAAAGUGCUGGGCUCCAAUUGGUUAUUCCUAAUAGCUGUGAAACGUCAUCGUCUGUCAGGUUAGGGAUAGGAGAAAAAAAUAUAUCGCUUCCGAAUGCGGUGAAAAUUGGGGGUAAGACGCUGUCCGACGUCAGAGACGUGACUCCACCCCAUCCGGUCCGUAACAAAGAGGGAAAGACAGGUGAGGAGAUGGAGGACGGAGAGAAAGUUGGAGCGGCUGAAGUAGACGAAGUUAAUGUGGGAGGGGCUGAGCAGCUGGUGGAGUAGUUAUCGCCGCGACCUUAUCGCCCAGCCCUACUGCUCCCAUCAAACACACCCUGAAAAUCACUCAGUAAAGCUUUUAUCGGUGAUGAUUCAUCUGUCGUCGUUUUUUCCUUUUUCUUUCCUCAACAGUUUCCUCCAGUUUUAAGUCGAGCUGCAGUAAAUCGGACAAACACCUUCAGUUUGUUCCCACAAACCUUCACUCUCAGAGGAUGGAGGUCACCGACCCCGACAGCGCGGGUAAAACCUGUUUCCUCUGAGUUCCUAUUUUCACGUUAAAACGUUGAGUUUGGGUUUGACUCGUUCAUUUCCUCUUCUUCUUCUUCACAGGCGUUUGGUACGAAGUGAUCACGUUUGGCGCUCCUUCUGAUCAUCACCAGGCCUUCAAACAUGGAGGUCUGAAGAAGCUGCUCAGCAAACGCACCAACAGCACAGACAGGUGUGUGUAUCUGUGUGUGUCUGUGUGUGUGUUUCAUUCAUGCUCUCCUCCGUCUCUCAAUAUUGCAGCUGUGGAUUAAUCUGAAUAAUCUCCGUCUGCCUGUCAGGAUUAGUGCGGCUGUAUGUAGAUCAGCGCACAAAUACAUUUGGUGGAGUUUUUAUUCCAGGAUCCUCCGUCCCACAAAACGCAGCGACGAGCUAAAAACGUUAAAGCAGGAGGCUGUAAUCCCGUCUUUUCAGGGAGGAAUCUUGUCGGGAAAAGACAGUUUGGGUCUAAUCUGACACAUACUUUGGAACACCUUCUUGAAAAAAACAGGAAGUCAAAUAAAGAAACAUGGCGAUUCCACGUGACACCGUUACUAUAGUUUACAGUUUCUCAGGAACUAUACCGUUUAUCUCUAUGGGAUGAAAAGUGUUUAAAAGUUUACCCUUUUGGCGAUCUAUCGAGGGUUUCCAGACGUUUCUACACCUGCUACAAGGUUUACAAUCCAGACACAAAAACAGGUGUUUGAUCAGAGACGUUUGAUGGUAAAUCCGCAGUGAUAUAUACUGAUGAAAACAAGAUUAUUUAUCAGAUUGUUGUGAUAAAAAAAGAUCACUAUCACUAAAUGCCACUAAUGUCUUUGACAAGCUGUUUUGAUGACCAAUUACAUGGUCUCAUAUUCUUCUUCUAUUGUUCCCUUGACGGUAGUGUCCAAUAAGAGGCAACCAAAGAUCAACAAGAGACGAGAAAGUUCCAAAAUCAGAAAUAAUGGUCCUCAAUGUUUGGAAACAAGCAAAGAAGAGAUUCUGAGCAGUAUGAUGUGGUCCUCUGUAGAAUCGGCCAAUUUUAGCCCGUUUGAGACUAAUCGGUUAUCGGCCAAAACUCGCCGUUUUUCGCCGAUAUUUUCAGAAAUAAAAUGCCGAGAAUAAGAUUAACUUGAAUGGUUACGAUCAGCUGCGAUCGGUGGAUACGGCCUUUUCGUAGAUGUUCCGGAUGCGAGACCAGAGCCUACCGACACACAUCCAAAACCAACUUUGAUUUAUUUAGUUUUUCGACACUGAUUAUACCGAUAUGGGCAAAAUGACGUCAGUUAAUUUUCAGUUUAUCGCCCGGCCCUAAGUCGCAGUGUCUCGACUGGUGUGCAUUAGAGUCGGACCAAUUUUAGCCCUUUGAGACUAAUCGGUAAUCGGCAAAACAAGUUUUUCGCCGAUAUUUUCAGAUAUAAAAUUCGGAGAAUAAGAUUCGGUUUCACUUCGAAAAUGUUCCGCCAUUUGAAAAGUUCCCUGACUUAUCCUGUAGAUGGCGGACCAAAAAUAGCAGAAUAUAGCUGGGAGUUCUGCGGGUUCAUCUUGUAUUUAUGUGUCUUUGUUUUCCCCUCUCUCAGCUCCGUCUCUUACUCCGAGGACGAGAGCUCCAGGGCGAGGGAGCUGCUCUCCAACGUGGCCCAGCUGCAGCCUCUGGUCUUCGGGUUAGCCGAGGAGCUUCUCGCCGUGUCUCUGGAGCACAACACGGCCCGGCUGCAGGAGGUCCUCGAGGCUCUGGCUCAACAGGUGAGAAAAAAAAAGCGGGAAACACAGGUGAGCAGGUGGCGUACGAAGAAAAACGAACUCUGAGAUUCUCUCCUUCCUCAGACGGAGCUGUUCGUUCACGCGCUCAAAGACGAGCUGGUGAGAAGCGCGCUGUUGGCGAUACACAACCAGUUCUCGGCGAACUACAACAGCAGCCACGUCCACAGCAACGGGCUGAUCUGUGACAACACGUCAGAUGGUCGAGACGGGGAGUCAUCGCCGGGGCAACAGGACGCCGGCAGACAGGACGCGGAGUAUGACGAGGAAGAAUGGGCAAGCGUGAUUUUCUGAAUCGAGACUUUAGGAGUUGUCAUAGCAACUGAUCGUUUACUUACUUAAAGGAACAUUCCGGUAUUUCGAAGUGGGGUUGAAUGAGUUAAAUGAUAGACUUAGCAAGCUAGGCUACCAGAAGAGUUUAGCGGUCCGUGUUCUGACUCGUUUUUCAUCCCGCGUGUGUUUUGUAGGACAGGACGUGGGCCAAUGUCGCCAAAAGCCUUAACUGCAUCAUCGUCAUGUUGGACCGGCUGCAGGGGCGAGAGGACCAACCUCAGGAUCAGACGCCAUCAGACCAGCAGGACGCCGCUCCAGGAGACACAAACUCUCAGAACACCGGUGUGACACAGUUUGGCGUUCAUCCGUCAAACAGAGAGAAGUCUGAAACUCUGAAACAUGAACCCGUCUUUGUCUUUCUCCUCCAGCGUCCUCCUCCCUCUCUGCCGCCUCCUGGCAGGAGCAGCUGCUCCCCCUGGUGGUCACUCUCAGGGAUUGUGUCCGGGAGGCGGUUUGCAAGGCUCGAGCUGCGAUGACCUUUGUGAUCCUGCAGGGGGCGGUAGCCUGCACUCUCAAUCAGGGACCCACACAGAUUGUCCAGAGACGCCAUGCGGUCUUCAGCCAGACGGUGAGACACACGGAGAUGAUUGGGUGUUGUCGUUACCCGAUCCGUCCCGGAAACCUGAUUUGUACUGAGCAUGUGCGAAACGUACCUCUCUUGGCAUUUGUAUUUUACGGCAGUGAGUCGCCAUCUACCCAAUACGAACUGUGGAAGUGCAAAUCUACCGAUCGAUUCAGAAACAAGCCGGCGAUGUGACAGGCUAGCCAGCAGGACGCUCCAGAGUUAAUGCCGAGGUAUUCGCCAGAGUUCCUGCCAGGCACGGUGAGACCUUUUGGGCCACAGAGGGCGCUGCCACCCGGCCAAAAUGAUGGUUCUCUGACUUUUCAAAGUAUCAAAGGGGGGAUGUUCUAGAGGUGCGUGGCCACCCAUUGUGCACCCUUCCCGGGCCACAGAGAGCGCCACAACCCGGUCAAAUUCAUGGUUCUCUGACUUUUCAAAGUGUCAAGGGGGAAUUUAUUGGGUUUCUGGGACGGAUCAGGUAGCGCCAGGUGUAUUUGCUUCUAUCGUGUCUAUGUCUACAAACCCAGAGAGAGUCAUCCCUCCUCUGCCUCCUCAGCUCUCGGCGGCGGUUUGCGGUUUCAUGUUGAAGCUGUACGGCGGCCUGGAGGACCCAGAGUUCCUGCAGCAGCUGCUCUCCGUCGGACUCCUGGUUCAGUUUGAAGGCCUGCUCAGCACCUAUGGUACACACACACACACACACACAUUUACCUGCUCUAUGUACUGUAUACAGGUGUACUGAUGGGUGUGUGUUUGUCAGGUGACGAGGUCGGGAUGCUGGAGGACAUGGAGGUGGGCGUGGCAGACCUGAGCGGUGUUGCGUUCACUGUCACUGAGGCGAAAACGGAACAACCGGACGACCUGCUGCCGACACUGAGAGGAGCAUGGUAACCACACACACUCUUAAACACUUCUAUACUCGUGAGGACCAGAAUCAUUGCCUCUGCCAGAGGCCGCCACUCUCAGCAAACUCCUUCUCUGUGCGUUCGUCCUUCAGGGGCAGAUUUGUCGUCGAGGUCCCGUUACCUUCAGAGACUUUUACAUCGCUGCCUCGAGAAGUGAAAGAGGGACGCUUGAUACUAGUUCAUCCGGUUCUCUUCAACAUCGGAAUCAACCAGCAGCAGAGUCUGGCUGAGAGGUACGAACAAACCCACCAAACUAAAACCUCGUCACCUGACAAACUCAAGUGUUGUUGUUUUAUUCAUUUUUACCCCUGAUUUGAAGUUCACGGUGCAGAGUUUUGGAUGAAGUUGAAUUCUCUUCUCUGAUCGUCUUUUUCUGUUUGUGAAUCGAAGGUUUGGUGACAGCUCUCUGCAGGAGAGAGUGAACCAGCAGAGCUGUGAGAGACUCAGGGUUUACUGUCAGAGUCUGAGAGAGAGACUGCCUCAUAUGGGUGAGACUCUCCGUCUGUCUGUGUUUCUGUUUUUAUGUUCAUUUUUGAGUCUUUCACUAACCUUGAGGGUGUUUUUGUUUAAGGAUGAAUCUUAAUAAAAUGAAAUUCUGAACUUUAUUAAAGUUAAUUUAGGGUCAAACACACCGUAACGCCGAGUUAGACACCUCGUCGAGAGAUGAAUGUUGUCGACCACUUGCUUCUCUAGUUAUACCAACUUUAGUAACGACCGCAGGAUAGAAAUACACAGCGGUCUGAGGAGCCAUAAACAAACCUCAACCAAAACGCCUCUCUUCCAGCAGCCGCUUGUUUGUAGCGUGACCUCAGGCCAGUCCAUUAUGGACUACAGCGGGGUGACGCAGCUCAAGGAAGAACAUUUAUGAUCAUCUCUGGAGGGGGGGUCUAACUCGGUGUUACGGUGUGUUUGACCCUAAAUUAAUUUUACACCGGAAUAUCCCUUUAACUUAUUCUCUUCUUUUCUCUCUCUCUCUCUCUCUCUCUCUCUCUCUCUCUCUCUCUCUCUCUCUCUCUCUCUCUCCCUCUCCAGCUGGUAUCCAGUCACUGUCAGACUCUUUGUCCUCUUUAGAGCGAUGUAUUGAAACCAAGAAGAGGAAGAACGUGGAGGUUCUCUGGAUCGCUGCAACAGUAAGAUGUUUGACAUUUUAACAUGGGACCCUAUGGGGAUCGACUCACUCUGGACCUUCCCUCUAGUGGACAUUUUAUGAACUGCAGUUGUGGUUUUUGUGUAAUAAUCCCAGAAUCUGAUGACAGCGGAGUUUAAUAAAUAAUUAUUUGAUGAAGUGUAAAAGAUGACUGCGUUUGUGUUCAGGUGUGUCGGCAGGUGAACGGCGUGCGCCUGACGAGCUGUAAGAGUGCGAAGGACCGCACGGCGAUGUCGGUGACUCUGGAGCAGUGUGUGUUACUGAGAGACAAACACACACUGAGUCAGCAGAGCUUCAGCUCCGCGCUCGACUGUAUGAGGAGGUAAAAUUCAGAAACACGACGGAAUCAAACACUGUGACCGAACAUCUCUAUUCCUCCACUUUUCUUUUAAUCCUUUUGUUUUUAUCCCAUUUUUCAGUCUUUUAGUAUUUUUAAUCUUUUUUGUUUUCUUUCUGUCAAUUAUCUCUGCUAGUUGUUUUUUCUCUCCUUUUUUUGAUUCAAUUCUUUACUCCACUUUUUAUUUUCCAUCCUUAUGUUUUCUCUUCUUCCCAUUCCCUCUUUUAUACCUAACCUUUUCAUUCCUUUCUCUUUUUUAAAUUUAUUUUCUUUGUCUUAAGGUCCUUACACACCAGGUAUGACGCAAAUAUAUUACGUUAGCACAGAUGAAAGUUCAAACAAAGACGUUUAUCAAACUGUUAAAGCUCACAAACCAUCGUCAUAUGAGAAAUCCGACGCUAUGACUCUCCACAAGUCGUCCUUCAGGUCGUUAUCUUUGUAAUGUUUGUGUCUUUAAUCAAAAAGCACUCUGUUCUUCGACAAGUAAAAAAUCAGCCGGUCGGCCAUGUUGGAUAUACCAGUGAAUCUGACGUCGCAACAACAUGAAAUCUGAUUGGUCAGAAGUGGACACACAGUCUGAGAAACUUUAGAAAAUUCGACCGUGAUCUGAAAAAAUAAAUGCCGCAAUAUUGCAAGACGGGAAAACGUCGCUGAUGUGAAUGCUUGUAUUGACAGGAUACGGGUUCGAAAAAAAAUUGACGUCCGAAAUAAUCACACGACAAAACCGCUCCCGGUGCGUAAGGACCUUUAGACUGAACAUUUAGUUUCUCUUUCUUCUCGGUUUUAACGUUUCUCAUUUUCCGUCUCUUUUCUUUUGACCUUUUUCCAUUCUCAUAUUCUUUUUUCCUCUUUUCUUUCAUCGUAUCUUUGUCUUCCUUUUUCUUUUUCUUCACAUCCCUUCAUCACUCUUUAUCCGACACGCUCGCACAAACACACCCCUCCUCCAGGUCUCGUCUGUCCUGGGGGCAGAUGUUGGGCUGUUACACCCAGCCAGGCGUCUCUAUCUGUGGGUUAGACUCCGGGGUCUCCCCCUCUGAUCUGCAGGGCUCCUGGUCUCCCACCUUUUGGGCUCCUAAAGCUCCCAGGCGUCACCUGUACCCGGUGGCCUUCCUGCUGGUCACGUCUCACCUGCUGGUCCUGUGGCUCAUCCUCAGCCUGGUCAUUCUGCUCGCCAAGUACCAGUAGAGCCAGAUGGACUGGGAACACUGGAGGACAUGGAGAUACCUGAUGAUACUUUAAUUAGAUUUUAACGAGAAUUAAACCAGAACACGUUCAUGUUUUAUUGUCUUUUUUUCAGGGGAUCCUCAGAACUACUUUGACCGGACAAUCUCAUUUAACAACAAAUGACACGUUUCUUCCUUUUUAAUCAGUUUCUCUAAACAAAUAUUGGAUCUAAUAUUUCAUACAAGUUAAUCCAUCUCACUGUUCACUGUGCGCAUGUGUGUUUAUGUGUGUGUGGACGCACAGGGAUGGCUGCAGGAUGGAGAACGUGCAGAAAAACGUGGGCAACAGAAAAUUCGCCUUCAGCGGCGUUCAGCUCCUCACUUUCCCCAAACUGUACCGGCCUCCAGACGGCAGCUUCGGAUAGACUCCCAGACUGUUUGAAAUCAGUGUACAGAUUCUUUUUUACAUCCUCAGUGUUUGUUUUAUCAUGAAGAGUGUCUGUACAUUUCAUUUUUACGUCGAUGCUGUGAAAUCUUCACUGUGGCUGCUGCUCUUGGAUUUUAAAAUAAAUGAACAUUUCGUUUAUUUCUGUCACCAAAUGCCUCAUGGUUUCAUUUUUGGGCUGGACUGACUCGUACUACUCAAACACACACUGAUUAUUAAUGAUUUAUGGAGAUUCAUUUUAGUUUUCCAAAGGUGAAUCGAGAGCCUGGAUUAAAAGACGUUUGUGGAGGAAUUGUAAAAAGUGAGCGGCAGCUGUUUGACUGCCACGCCGCCAGGUGGCGCUGCUUCAGAUUAUUGCGCAAAAUCAGCUGGCCCAAUCAGACAUAUUUAAACCGGAUGUACUAUUUCAAUCCUCCAGAAUAAAACCACAAUGCGUGCUAAUUCAGAGCUGUUUAACAAAAUGUUUCAAAAUACAGGUAACUAAGGUCGGCGGGAUCAGAAAACACGAAAAGGAAAAUUUAAUUAUUGUGUAACCAAAUUGAAUUGUUGUAAAAAUUACGAAUUAAAAGAUAAAUCAUUGUCAUGCUAAAUUUAACUUUUGGGCCACUCAACAAAAUCAUAACAAUGAGCAGUAAAAUAAUUG